UAUAUUUAAUAUUAUAAAUUAUUAAUAAGACUUCUUGAUUACAAUCAUAAACUACAGCCAUAUUAAAAGUACGUUACUACGUUUGGGUAGGUUAGGUUAUGUUUAUGGUUACAACUUACAAUAAUAUGUCUACGGACGGCGGUAGAUAUAAUUAUAUGAAUGAUAAUAAGUUACUGGCCGUCUGGAAUUUAAAUUAUAAAUUUUAAGCUUAAAAUAAAAUCAACCAUAGCUAGUGACUAUGUGAAAAAAUUUCUUCCAGUUUUCUAGUGUUUAAAGCAAAUUUCCAACCAUAUAGAACACAAAUAUACUUAAAUGUUAGUUUUUUAUUACAUAUUAUGUUUAUAAAAGUAUUAUAAUCUACUAUAUGGACCGGCAACAGUUUUCGUUGUCUUACGGUGGUGACAACUACGCCGGAGACUACUACCCAGAGGAUUACUACGAGCUGUACGAUGAUCAGUUGGAAGAUGAAAAUCAGUAUUAUCAGCCAAAUAUAAAUUCAGAAAUUCAUAGUGAACCCCCUUUUUGGAGCAAUCUAACUUUUCGCCAGUUGUGCACUCAAUGUGUGGUGCCCGCUGUUUGGAGUACUGGAAAUCUUCUCGGAACUACCCUUAUUCUAUGCAUAUUUUUCAGAUUAUUCAUUGUUAUAUGCAAUAAGAUCAAAGUGGUUCCUGAAACAGUCUUGCACACAGUGUGUGCCAUAUGUGGUAUUCUACCGUUAGUUUUAUUUCAUGAAGAUGGAGACUUAUAUCAAUUAUUACUACAAAUUGUGUUGUACCCUAUGUUCUGUUACAUAGUGUCUAUAAUAUGUAUAUUGACUUUAAAACGUCAUUCCUCUAUUGUGUUCUCUAUUAUAAUCCUAUUUACAUUAUUCUAUCGUGAAUGUUUUACAAAUGAUUCAAAAUGGCAAAAAACCAAAAGUGCUCAUAUGCUAAUGUCAAUGAAAGCAAUGGCAAUAUUAUUUGAUAUUCAAUCAAAUAAAUUGUAUACAUUUCCUUCAGUUCCUCAGUAUACAGGUUACAUGAUGUGUGCAGGCACUGUUUAUUUGGGUCCAUUUUUAACAUUUAAAGAAUACUCAAAUGCAUUUUCUUCAUCUGUUAGUUGGAACAAGACCAAAGUCUGUCGUUUGAUAUGGAAUGUAAUAAUUUCAUUGCUUUGCUUUGUUUUAUCAAUUUGUGUUGUGGAUUGGCUGUUCAGCCAAUAUUUGUCGACCAAUAAUAAAAGCAAUUCAAUUAUUAACAUUUUUCUAACUAUGUACAAACAAGCUUUGGAGUUCCGUACUGGUCAUUAUUUUGUGGCCUAUGCGUCUACUGUAUUUGCAACUGUUUGUGGGUACCACCAUGAAUACAACAGUGAAAUAUUAGUAACCCGUCCAUUGAUUAUGGAAUUGGCCACGAUCUCUUCUACAUGUUGUCGUACAUUGGAACGCACCAAUGCACUAUUGGUUAAAAAAAUAUGUAUUUGAAGAAGUACUGAAAUAUGGCAAUAAAAAUAAAAAACAUCGAAUCAGAAUAAUUGCUGUUGGAACCACAUAUUUAGUAAGCUCUCUAUUACAUGGCUUAGAACGACGUUUAUCAGCUGUGUUACUUUCUCUUGCUGCUUAUACAUAUGUUGAACACCAAAUGCGUACAAAAUUGGCAUCAAGAUUUCCAAACAAAUUUUCUUAUUAUGAUAAAAACAAAUAUCCCCACCGUGGUUCAAAAACAUACUUAAGUAGCUCAAACCAAAAAAACUGGUUCUUUUGGAGUAUUAACAUCAUGUUUACUGUUUUAAACAUUAUACAUUUAGCUUAUCUCGGUUCAAUAAUUGAUAUGUCUGUAAGCAACUCUUAUAGUACCACCUACCAAGAAUCUUUUGCUCCUUGGAGUCGAGUAUCGUAUUUUAGUCAUUUUAUAAUGUUGUUUAUGUUUUUUAUUAGUAUUAUACUAUAAAUAAAAUUUCAUCUCUAUAAUAUAUAUCAUUGACGGAAGUCGGGCUGGGAAGACUUGAGAGGACUAAGCCUCCCCAUAAGUUUAAAGUACAUGUCUUAGAACUCCUGGGUCUCAACAUUUUGAUGUAACUAAAUAACAACAAAUUUUAAGUAUUUUUGUUUUUCAUUGAGUAUUUGAAUGUUUAACAAGUGUUUAACACAUUCUAUAAUAAAUUGAUUAUUAUGUCUACGAAA